AUGGCUGCCAAAAAAUACUGGCUUGGCCGAGGCGUGCUCUCUCUUUCAUCAAAUAUUGUAGUCCAGUGUGGGUUUGGUAUUUCAAAUGGCCGGGCUUCAAUGCAGGAUUAUGCAUAUCAGCAUGUUGACCCUGCAGUUGUGCGCAUACCAAAGGUAUAUCGAUUUUUUGAGGAUUGGACAACCAGCCGCACAAUCCCUGAUGGAUAUCUGUUUAUGGAAAAUAUGCCGGGGAAAACCAUUUGUGAUCUUGAUGAAGAUUCAGAUAACGCCGUCAGCCGUGCUCUGACAAAACGGAUAUCUGAGAUUGCACUUCAUCUUUUGUCAAUCAAGGCACCUGAUGGAACACCUCCUGGCCCAGUAGAUGGCUCGCCACCUAAUGGAUACUUGUGGGGAGAUGAUGGUUCUGACACUGCCUUUGCAUCUGCUGCUGAAUGGAACUUGUGGCUCAACAAAAGAUUAAAGGUCCUCAAUCUAUCCAUUGAUAUUAUUCCAUGCUACCCUCUCGUCCUAUGCCAUGGCGAUCUUGUUCGAAGAAAUAUCAUUGUUCUAGAUGAUCGGGAGAAUAAGAACAAGGACUACGAACAGAGGCAAUUGGCCCUGGUAGACUGGGGUCAUUCCGCGCUCUUACCAAGAGUGUGCGAACUUGUUGCUAUGUUUUGUUAUAAUGAUCAUGGAGGGUACCAGUAUACAAAUGAGUUGCUGAAAAUCACGAAGGAGGCUAUCGGACUUACAGAAGCGGAGCAGGAAUGCUAUAAAUUGCUCAUCAGCGCUCGGGCAAUGACCUUGAGAUAUAAAAAUUUGCACGUUUGGUUUUCACUUUUGAAGUCCAGAGGAGAAGUAUGCUAUAUUCAAGCUAACCCGAUUUCUCCAGUGACUAAAAUGUCCUGA